CCGGCGCCUUCCAGCUCCCCGCUUUGCUCUCGGGGCACGUUUCAGAGCGAAGUAAGGGCAGCGACUUCAGCUGCGGUUCCUGCGCAUGCUCACAGCUCCGGGGCACGCUCCGGCUCCCAGUGACGUGCGGCAACAGCGGCAGGGCUGGUCGCGAAGCCGGUGGGGGGAGGGGGAGAAGGCCGCGCGCGCUCGCGCCCCGUUUCCUAGCCCAGCGCCUGUGAUUGGUGCAGGCCCCGGACCUGGCGGCCCCGAAUGCAAGGCCCCGGCGGCGGCGGAGUCCUGCGGCCCGCCCGACCCUCCGCCGGACCCGACCCCGCGGCGCGGCGCAGGGACCCGCACAGCUAUUUGUGAAAGAGCUUAGCUGACUAUGGAUCCAGGUGGUGGAAGUCUUGGAUUGCAGACACACGAGUCCAAAAUGCCUCACACUAUGAUUAUGCAAGAUUUUGUGGCUGGAAUGGCUGGCACUGCACAUAUAGAUGGUGACCAUAUUGUUGUAUCAGUUCCUGAAGCUGUACUAGUUUCUGAUGUUGUCACGGAUGAUGGGAUAACUCUUGAUCAUGGCUUAGCUGCUGAAGUUGUCCAAGGACCAGAUAUCAUCACUGAAACUGAUGUUGUAACAGAAGGUGUAAUUGUUCCUGAAUCUGUGUUGGAAGCUGAUGUUGCUAUUGAAGAAGAUUUAGAUACCAGUGAUCAUGUUUUGACUUCUGAUCUAAUAACAGAAACUGUUAGAGUUCCUGAUCAGGUUUUUGUGGCUGACCUUGUUACGGGUCCUGAUGGACAUUUGGAACAUGUGGUGCAAGACUCUGUGUCAGGAGCUGACUCACCCACAAUGGUUUCAGAAGAAGUUCUUGUAACUAAUUCAGAUACAGAAACUGUGAUUCAAGCAGCCAGUACUGUUCCUGGUUCUACGGUUACAAUAAAAACUGAAGAUGAUGAUGAUGGAAAGAGCACAUCUGAAGACUACUUAAUGAUAUCUUUGGAUGAUGUUGGAGAAAAAUUAGACCAUAUUGGAAGCACACCUUUAAAAAUCAGCACUGAGGUUUCACACGAUGAUGUUUCUAAAGAUGAUGGGUUUGGUUCAGAAGUUAUAAAAGUGUAUAUAUUUAAAGCUGAAGCUGAGGAUGACGUGGAAAUAGGAGGAACAGAAAUUGUCACAGAGAGUGACUUUCACAAUGGACAUUCUGUAGCUGGAGUAAUUGAGCAGGGAGCUGUGGGCAGAAUGCAGCGAGAGAAGAUGGUUUACAUGGCUGUUAAGGACUCUUCUCAGGAAGAUGAAGAUAUUAGUUGUGCUGAAAUAGCAGAUGAAGUUUAUAUGGAGGUCAUUGUAGGUGAAGAGGAAGCAACAUCACUUCCCGACACACAACUUGAAGACUCUGGUGUGAAUAAAACUUUUGUUCCUGUUGCUUGGGCUGCUGCUUAUGGAGAUGAAAGACGACUGCCCAGAAGGUAUGAAGACUGUCAAGCAGCAGGAAAUAACUUGGAUACACGAUUAGAAAACAAAAAUGGUAAUGCAGCACAGUACCUGCAAAUCUGUGAUAGCAUUAACACAAAUAGAGCGCUUAAACAAAAAGCCAAGAAGAGGAGGAGGGGAGAAACCAGGCAGUGGCAAACAGCUGUUAUAAUAGGUCCUGAUGGACAGCCCUUAACUGUUUACCCUUGUCACAUAUGUGGGAAAAAAUUUAAAUCCAGAGGAUUCCUGAAAAGGCAUAUGAAGAACCACCCAGAUCAUAUGAUUAAGAAGAAAUACCAGUGUACGGAUUGUGACUUUACAACUAACAAAAAACUUUGUAUGAGUUUAAUCAUCUGGACUGCGGUUUCCCUUGUACCGGGAUUGAAGAUCUACACCCACUAGACUGAAGAUCAGAGCAAUCUUGCCACUGUCCUGGUCUGACCUUCUCUUCUACCAGCAGAUAUCAGCGCUAUCUCAUCUAAAAGAUGGACCACUCAGGGAGAAUUCAAAGGAAGGAACAGAGCUUAUUUCCUGGGAUUCUGAGGUGCUUCCUCUCUGCAUGAAGUAUUCAACAGAGGAGUGUUGCAAAAGUCUUGAUGUACUAUGGAGCCUCCAAAAUCAUUUUUACUGCAUGCAGACUAAAUCUAAGUGGGGUUUUUGGUCCUCUCCUUAGUAAUGCAGCAAGGAAUGGAAAAAUACCCCUUUACUCAAUGUGGUCUGGAAGGACUGAACUUCCUAAAUGGUUCUGAAUCUCCUGUUCUAAGGCAUGCUUGCAGUAUUCCAGUUCUUUUAACCGACAGUCCUUCUCUCCCUCAGCAUAUCGGAGAGAGAUGAUCUGUUCCUCCAGUGAACGACAUUUUGCAGCACUGUCUCUGAAUCCUUGCUAUGAAAGCAGCAAACAAAAAAUUCUUAGAUAUGGAGAUAGCGAGAUUUGCUGCUUUGUCAACUCUGACAGUCCUUUGGGAAUCAAACCUUCAAUAUCUUCUACCUAAUAAUGAAGACAGAAAAACAAAACCAAUUUGUUGGCUUUGACAUCUGGAAUAAGGAAUUCUUCCUGUAUCACAAUGUGAUUUCUUCAUUAAAUUACUCUACUGCUUGGAAAACACAAGAAAAAAGACAGAAAACUGAGAAAUGGAAUGCACACAGAUCAAGUUAUAUCCAGAAAAACUUCCAAAAUGUUCUGAUUUCACUCAUUACAAUUGGCAUGCUCCUACGUAACCCUAUAUAUGAAAGCACAGCAUACUGAAACAGAAGUGGGAGGAUCUGGAGGAGUAGGAGUGAAGGCACCCAGUGGCUAGGGACAGCUUUCUGUUAACUAAAGCUCAAAAAUCACACAAAGAACAUCUGAGAAUUUAACACUUAUGCUGCAUCAAUGAAUUGAUUACGUUGAAUCAAGAUGUACAAUAUUGCAUUAGCAAAAAGAAAAGGAGUACUUGUGGCACCUUAGAGACUAACAAAUUUAUUAGAGCAUAAGCUUUCGUGAUGAAGUGAGCGGUAGCUCCACGAAAGCUUAUGCUCUAAUAAAUUUGUUAGUCUCUAAGAUGCCACAAGUAGUCCUUUUCUUUUUGCGAAUACAGACUAACAUGGCUGCUACUCUGAAUAUUGCAUUAGAACUCCCCGAGUCCUGCCAGCGACGAUACAGAAGCAGGAAGCCUGGCAAACAGGCAGUGGGGCAAACUGGACAAUGAAGGUGCUAAAGGAGCACUCAAGGAAGACAAGGCCAUUCUGGAGAAGCUAAAUGAAUUCUUCACAUCUGUCUUCACUGCAAGGACUGAAAGGGAGAUUUCACACCAGCGUCAUUCUUUUUGGUAACAAAUCUGAGGAACUGUCCUAGAUGGGGAUGUUAAUAGGAGGUGGUUUUGAAACAAACUGAUUAAACCAGUAAUAAGUCACUAGGACCAGAUGAUAUUCAUCAAAGAGUUAUGAAGGAACUCAAAUAUGAAGUCACAGAACUGUGGUAUGUAACCUUACCACUUAAUCAGCCCCUGUACCAGAUGCCUGGAGGAUAGUUAAUGUAAUGCUGAUUUUUUAAAAAAAAGUUUAAAGUGGCAAUCCACUCCAGUGGCCAAUCUUAGCAACUACAGGUUGGUAUGCCUAACUUCAAUACCAGCAAAUUGCUGAAACUAUAGUAAGAACAGAAUAGUCAGACACAUAGAUGAACAUGAUAUGUGAGGGAAGAGUCAACACAGCUUUUGUAAAGGGAAAUCAUACUGGCCAAUCUAUUAGAAUUCUUUGAGGGGGCCAACAAAGGUGGACAAGGAUGAUCCAAUGGAUAUAUAGUGUACUUGGAUUUUCAGAAGCCUUUGACAAGGUUCCAUUAAAGCCUCUUAAGCAAGGUAAGCAAUCAUGGGAUAGGAGGGAAGGUCCUCUCCUGGAUCAGUAACUGAUUAAAAGAUAGGGGAAAAAAAAAAAAAGAGGAUAAGACUAAAUGAUCAGUUUUCAGAGUGGAGAGAGGUAAACAGUGGGAGCCCCCAAGGAUCUGUACUGGGACCAAUGCUGUUCAACAUAUUCACAAAUGAUCUGGAAAAGGGGGUAAACAGUGAGGUGGCAAAGUUACUUGAUACAGUUAAGUCCGAAGCAGACUGCAAAGAGUUACAAAGGGAUCUCACAAAAUUUGGUGACUGGGCAACAAAAAUGGCAGAUGAAAGUUCAGCGCUGAUAAAUGCAAAGUAAUGCACACUGGAAAAUAUAAUCCCAAUUAUACAUACAAAAUAAGGGUGUCUAAAUUAGCUGUUACCAUUCAAGAAAAAUCUUGCAGUUUCUUUAGAUAGUGCUCUGAAACAUCGGUUCAAUGUGCAACGCAUCUAAAAAAGGUGGAGUUUGGUGAAGACCGAAAGCCAGUAUUUGCACUGAGUUAUACUAGCCUUUGGCCUUUACUGAUUUUUCUCUGAUUACUAUUAUAUGUUGCUAUGUUUUCUUUGUAACCCUUGCUCACUUGCAGUUCGCAUGGUUAGUUUCUGUAAGGGCCAAAUCCUGGUCAUUUUAAAAUCAACUAGUACUUUGCCACUAAUUUUAGUGUGAUAAGGGUUUGGGCAUAAAUGAAUAAAAUGUAAUGUACUUUGCCUGUUGGAUGUUUGCAUUUGUUAAUUGAGUUGCAGCUUGUUGCCUUUGCCAAUAGAGGCAUCAGUUUUCUUGUCUGCUCUCUGGCAGAACUGGUAAACAAAGUGAGGAGUAGGUAGAUACUCUCUUACCAUAUGUGCCAUCUUUUGCAAAUGAGUAACCAUGAGAACACAAAUUAUUCAGAAAUUUCUGUGAAACAAAAUUCUCUUUUUGGUUUGCCACCUCAGUUUUAGAAGAUAAUAAAAGUUCACUUAGCAGCUCCACACCACUCUACAUCACCCAUGUGCUACACAAACAUUAACUGACAUUUAAUUACUGGAGAAAAGUACAUUUUAAUACUUUUAAUCAUUCUGAUAGCGUGUCGAGGAAUAUUAUAAUGCGUAUGGGGACGACAAAAUGUCUAGUCCACGAUUCAUGCCUAGACAUAGCUGCAUUUCUUUGUCUAAUUGUUACAGCCAAAGUUUUGAACAAUAAGUAAAACUGUAUGGUGAAGCGAGACAGCCACUGCAUUUGCUUAGUGGGUUAGGAUGAAGAAGUACAACUUCAGCUUUAUUGUGUGUAUAAGUGUAUUUUGCUCUAAGCAAAAUCCAGAACUAAAUUCACUUUAUAUAUACAUACAUACACACACACACACACACACACACCACACACACACCACAAAUAGUAAAUAAUUCCACCCUACUCUAAAAAAUGCUCUGUUAAAAAUAGUGGUGUUCAUUUUGAUUUUUUACCAAAUUUAGAAGAUCUGUUGUCUAAUCUUCAGGCUUACCUAUUUGAAAAAAGGCCUCUCUUUUGUUUUAUGAAGAAAAAGGUAUGAUGGGGAAAAUGAGAGAGAGCAUGAACAUAGGACCACAGACAGAACCUUAGAACUUGCAGCAAUAGAAAAAUAUUAAGAAACUGUUCAGCCAUAGCACUAGGUCUUAUUCUUGUUUAAGAAUUAUAGUGAUAUUAGGCAAAGUAUCUGAAAGCACAAAGAGUCCAGUCUUGUAACAUGAAUGGAAGUUCAGGGCCCAAUCCAAUAGCUCUUACUGAACUAAGUACAGACAAUGUCCUCAGCAGAAUUACUAAUAUGAAUAAGAUUUCAUAAUCAAGUCCAUAACUGCUCAGUGAGAUGCUUUUUUUUUUUUUUUUUUUUAAAAACGUAUCACACUAUUAUGUUACAUACUUUUACAAGCCAUGAGCCAAAUCCUGAUGGUCUUAACUCAUGCCAGUAGUUCCACUAACUUCAAUGGAAAUUAGAAGUGUAGAAUUAUACACAUUUCCUGUUGUAUCAAUGUAUACAUGAUAUUCUUAUUUAAAACAGAAACAUGGAAAUAUAUCCGAGGAGCUAACAUUCAAGUCUAAACAACAGCUCAGUUUGUGAUUUGAUCCUGGUUUGUGUCAAAGAUACAAGACAAUAUUCUAAAAUAUAACCAAAAAAGAAAUAAUUUAGUCCUAAAACUUUAAAGAAAACUAAUAUUUAAAUUUAUAUUAAACACUAUUAUCAUCAGACCUAAAUGCAACACUCUUAUCUAUGAAUGAAUGAUUCAUCUCUUCAGAGUAUUUUGUUUACUUUAUCUUGAGAACUAUUUAGAAUUAUUUUUCCCAGGUAGUAUAUGAAACAGAUGUCUCAAAAGUUGUUUCAUCCUUUCUCUUGGUCUGGGGUAUUCUAAAUAUAGUAUAUAAUACUAACUCAAGAGUAAACAGAAUCUGAUCUCUGUUAAAACCGUUGGCAUUUUAAAGAGGUACGAGAAUACGUUUUUAAAAUUACUAUACAAAUAUGCCAACUAAGUCAUAGAAUAUAAUAGCGUACACUCCUCCACAUUUAAUUUUAAAUGACCAGAAACUUCUUUAGUACUUUCUGGAAGGGUGAAAAACAAAUACUCUCAAAAAUGAGUACUAUACCUAAUUUAAAAAAAAAAAAAAAAAACCCACAUGAAAAGAAAGAAGUAUUCCAGCUAUAAAGAGCACUCCCACUUCUGUAAUGUUUUAUAUUUUGUACCUUCAAAUGUUUUUAGAUGCUAUAUUUGAGUUAUUUCUCAAAAAAGAAAUGUGAUACACAAUGCUAAAUAAUGUAGAGGAAGAUGUAGAAUUUAUUAACUCCUUAAUUAUGUUGGAAGAGCAUGUUUAAACAUAGUGAGUUUAGUAAGUGGUAAUUUUUGCUACUAAAUAAAACAGUUCAGUAUAUUUCCACAUUAAUUUAACUGUUUAUUGGUAAGUGCAGACAGACAGUAAUCCUGAUAGGGAACUAUAAAUAUGCCUCCUUCAUGGAGAACUUCCGACUCUUUCAGAAGUUGAGGAUGAAUUAAUUUCUUGUUUAACAGAAGAAUCAUCAGUUAAUAAAUGAAAGAUCUGAUUUACAAACUAGAAAGAUAAGUAGCAGUACACAGUACUAAAUAAAAAGACACGUGUUUGGGAGUAAUGUGAUUUAAGGUGUGAAAUAUAUAUAAAUGAACAAAAUAACUUUCUUAGAAUCCAUGUUCAAAAAUUAAAUGGUUGAAAGACUAGAAAUUUAGAGUUAAGGUUCCACAGCUAUUUAACUCUGCCCAUCUUAUGCUUCAUGGAACAGACGCAUAAUGUAGAGUUUUGUGAAGGAGGAAAGGGAGGGCACCUGACAUAUGUUGAGAGGCUUUUCCAAAUGGUAUGGGAAAAGGUAUGAAGUUGGCAGUGCAAGGGAACAAAGAACAGUCCCAAGGGAAGCUAAGUGAAUGUUAGGAACCACUAGGAAAGGGAUAGAUAAUAAAACAGAAAAUAUCAUACCACCAAUUUAUAAACUGGUCACGCACACCUUGAAUACUGCAUGUAUUUCUAGUCCUUCAUCUCAAAAAGAUAUAUUAGAACUGGAAAAGUUAGAGAAGGGCAACAAACAUGAUUGGGGAAUGAAACAGCUUCCAUAUGACGAGAGACUAAAAAAGACUAGGGCUGUUCAAUCUUAGAAUAGAGAUGUCAAAAGGAGGAUAUGAUAGAGGCUUAUGAACUCAUGAAUGGUAUGGAGAAAGUGCAUAGGGAAGUGUUAUUUACCCCUUCACAUAACACAAAAACUAAAGGUCACCCAAUGAAAUUAGCAGGCAGCAUGUUUAAAAACAAACAUAAGGGAAGUUUUUCACACAAUGUAUAGUCAACUUGUGGAAUCGAUGCCAGGUGAUGUUGGACAAAGGCCAAACGUAUAACUGGGUUAAAAAAAAAAAAAAAAAAAAAAAAAAAAAAAAAAAAAGAUACAUUCACGGAGCAUAGAUCCAUCAAUAGCAAAUAGCCAAGAUGAUCAGGGAUGCAACCUCAUGCUUCCGGUGUCCCUAAACCUCCAACUGCUAGCAGCUGGGACUGGAUGACAGGGGAUGGAUCGCACAAGAUGGCCCUGUUCUGUUCAUUCCUUCUGAAGCAUCUGACACUGACCACUGUUAGAGACAGAUACUGGGGUAGAUAGACCAUCGGUAUGACCCAGCAUAGCUAUUCUGAACAGCAUGUGGAAGAUAAUGUAUAUAUUGACCAUAGUUAAA